CUGUGAGCAUGGCUUGGCGGGUGACUGUGCGGGAGCUACAGGACCAGCUGCAGUGUCCCAUUUGCCUGGAGGUCUUCAAGGAACCUCUGAUGCUACAGUGUGGCCACUCUUACUGCAAGGACUGCCUGGACUCCUUGUCCCAACACCUGGACUCCGUGCUGCGCUGUCCCGUGUGUCGUCAGUCAGUAGACUGCAGCAGCUCCCCGCCUAAUGUCUCCCUGGCCCGGGUGAUCGAUGCUCUGAGGCUCCCGGGGGACACAGAGCCCACCGUGUGCGUGCACCACCGAAACCCUCUCAGCCUCUUCUGCGAGAAAGAUCAGGAGUUCAUUUGUGGUCUCUGUGGCCUGCUGGGCUCCCACCAACACCACCGGGUCACACCAGUCUCCACUGUCUACAGCCGCGUGAAGGAAGAGCUUGCAGGCCGCAUAUCUGAGCUGAAGGAGGAACAGAGGAAAGUGGAGGAGCACAUUGGCAAACUGGUGAACAACAGGACCCGAAUUAUUAAUGAGUCAGACGUCUUCAGCUGGGUGAUCCGCAGAGAGUUCCAGGAGUUGCACCACCUGGUGGAUGAAGAGAAAGCCCGCUGCCUGGAAGGCGUGGAGGCUCACACUCGUGGCCUGGUGGCCUCCCUGGACAUGCAGCUGGAGCAGGCUCAGGGCACUCAGGAGCGACUGACCCAGGCUGAGGGGGUGCUGGAGCAGUCCGGCAACGAGAGUCACCAUGAGUUCAUCCGGUUCUACUCCAUGGCCUCCAGGGCAGAGGUCCAGCAGGCUCGACCUUUGGAAGGCGUGUUCAGCCCGAUCUCCUUCAAGCCAGGUCUCCACCAGGCCGACAUCAAACUAACUGUGUGGAAGAGACUCUUCCGGAAAGUUCUGCCAGCUCCGGAAUCUCUCAAGCUGGACCCUGCUACUGCCCACCCUCUCCUGGAGCUUUCUAAGGGGAACACCGUGGUGCACUGUGGCCUCCUUGCCGAGAGACGAGCCAGCCAGCCCGAGCGCUUUGACUACAGCACCUGCGUCCUGGCUAGCAAGGGCUUCUCCUGGGGUCGCCACUACUGGGAGGUGGUGGUGGGUAGCAAGAGCGACUGGCGCUUGGGGGUCAUCAAGGGCACAGCCAGCCGCAAGGGCAAGCUGAGCAAGUCCCCGGAACAUGGUGUGUGGCUGAUUGGCCUGAAAGAGGGCCGGGUGUAUGAGGCUUUUGGCUGCCCACGGCUGCCGCUGCCCGUGGCUGGCCACCCCCACCGCAUCGGCGUCUACUUGCACUAUGAGCAGGGGGAGCUCACUUUCUUUGAUGCCGACCGCCCUGAUGAUCUGCGGACCCUCUACACCUUCCAGGCUGACUUCCAGGGCAAGCUGUACCCGAUCCUGGACACAUGUUGGCAUGAGAGGGGCAGCAACUCACUGCCCAUGGUACUGCCCCCGCCCAGUGCACCCGGCCACCUCACACCUGCCCAGCUAUAGGCUGUCCUGGUGCUGUCUGCCCAUUGGUCCACCCUGCUUG